AUGACUCUGUGGGUGGAGAGCAGAACACACGUCUCAGCAAAAGUGCAUCAUGGGAAAGGAAAGUGGCGUACAUCACCAGCCCACCUCUCCUUCACUCUCGCUCGCUCUUUGUCUCUUCCAGCUAUAAACAUUGAUUGUGCAUCUUUCUGCCGUCUUGAUGUAAAUUCUCUCUUUUCACAGAAACUGCACGUGCUCAGAAAGACCCUGCAAGCGCUGAUCUAUCCCAUCUCCUCCACCACGCCCCAUAAUUUCGAGGUGUGGACGGCCACGGCACCCACCUACUGUCAUGAGUGUGAGGGUCUGCUGUGGGGCAUCGCCCGGCAGGGCAUGCGCUGCACCGAAUGCGGGGUCAAAUGCCACGAGAAAUGCCAGGACCUCCUGAACGCAGACUGUCUGCAACGGGCUGUGGAGAAGAGCUCAAAACACGGAGCCGAAGACAAAACCCAAAACAUUAUCAUGGCUAUGAAGGAACGGAUGAAGAUCAGGGAGAAGAACCGGCCCGAGGUGUUCGAGGUGAUCCAGGAGAUGUUUCAGCUCUCGAAGGAAGAUGUCAACGCUCACCUGAAGACGGCCAAACAGGCUGUGCUGGAGGGAACGUCCAAGUGGUCUGCUAAAAUCAGCAUCACAGUUGUAUGUGCUCAAGGUUUGCAAGCCAAAGACAAGACGGGCUCCAGCGACCCCUACGUCACUGUACAAGUGGGAAAGACCAAACGCAGGACCAAAACCGUUUUUGGCAAUCUCAACCCGGUCUGGGAGGAGAAGUUCUUCUUUGAGUGUCAUAACGCUACAGACCGUAUAAAGGUCCGUGUGUGGGAUGAAGACGACGACAUAAAGUCCAGGGUGAAGCAGCACUUUAAGAAGGAAUCUGAUGAUUUUCUGGGUCAGACCAUCAUCGAGGUGCGCAUGCUGAGCGGGGAGAUGGACGUCUGGUAUAAUCUCGAGAAGCGGACGGAUAAGUCGAUGGUGUCGGGGGCCAUCAGGCUGAAGAUCAGCGUGGAGAUGAAGGGAGAAGAGAAGGUGGCUCCUCCUCACGGACAGUACACAUGUUUACACGAGAAUCUCUUCCACUACCUGACGGAGGUGAAGAACAGCGGAGUCGUGAAGAUCCCCGAGGUCAAAGGUGACGAAGCCUGGAAGGUUUACUUCGAUGAUGUGUCGCAGGAGAUCGUGGAUGAGUUUGCCAUGCGUUUCGGUGUGGAGUCCAUCUACCAGGCCAUGACGCAUUUCUCAUGUCUCUCGUCCAAGUACAUGUGUCCCGGCGUUCCCGCGGUGAUGAGUAACCUGCUUGCCAACAUCAACGCCUACUUCGCUCACACAACAACAGCAAACACCAACAUCUCAGCCUCCGACCGAUUCGCAGCCUCCAACUUUGGGAGAGAGAAGUUCGUCAAACUCUUGGAUCAGCUUCACAACUCUCUGCGCAUCGACCUCUCCAAGUAUCGGGACAAUUUCCCUGCUGGGAAUCCAGAGAGACUCCAGGACCUGAAAUCAACCGUCGACCUGCUGACGAGCAUCACCUUCUUCAGGAUGAAGGUGCAGGAGCUGCAGAAUCCUCCCAGAGCCAGUAUGGUGGUUAAAGACUGUGUGAAGGCCUGUCUGGACUCCACAUACAAAUACAUCUUUGACAACUGCCAUGAGCUCUAUAACCAGCUGCUGGACCAGGCUAAGAAGCAGGAUCUGCCGCGUGAGGAACAGGGUCCGUCCAUCAAGAACCUGGACUUCUGGCCAAAACUGAUCACGCUGAUGGUGUCUGUUAUAGAUGAAGACAGAAUGGCCUACACACCCAUCAUUAACCAGUUCCCUCAAGAGCUGAAUAUGGGCCGAAUCAGUGCUGAAAUCAUGUGGAACCUCUUUGCCAUGGAUAUGAAGUACGCAAUGGAGGAACAUGACAAGCAUCGUCUUUGCAAGAGCACAGAGUACAUGAAUUUGCACUUCAAAGUCAAAUGGUUUCACAACGAGUACGUCCGAGACCUGCCUGCCUUUAAGGGAAUUCCUCCAGAGUAUUCGCUGUGUAUAGCUCUAGAGAGAGAUAAAAAAGAUGGGUUCCAGCAGACGUCAGAACACGCUCUCUUCUCCUGCUCGGUGGUGGAUGUGUUCACGCAGCUCAACCAAAGCUUUGAGAUCAUUAAGAAGCUGGAGUGUCCAAACCCUCAAGCUCUCGCUCACUUCAUGCGCAGGUUUGCAAAGAACAUAAAUAAAGUUCUUCUCCAGUAUGCUGUGAUCAUCUCUAAAGACUUCAGCAACCAUCUGAACAAAGAGAAAGUGCCCUGCAUACUCUUGAACAACAUCCAGCAGCUCCGAGUUCAGCUGGAGAAGAUGUUCGAGUCCAUGGGAGGAAAGCAGCUGGACGCGGAGGCCAGCGAUCUGCUGAAAGAGCUGCAGAAUAAACUCAAUACGGUGCUGGACGAGCUCAGCGGCGUCUUCGGCUCCAGUUUCAAGCCGGUCAUUGAGGACUGUGUCAAACAAAUGAAUCAGGAGCUGAUGCAGAUGAAGGGAAGCGCAGGGAACAAGAGUAACGCAGCCAUGGACGCAGAGACCGUCCUCAGACCCCUCAUGGACCUGCUGGACAAGAACCUAAUUCUGUUUGCCAAGAUCUGUGAGAAGACGGUUCUCAAACGGGUCCUUAAGGAGCUGUGGAAGAUAGUGCUCAACACCAUCGAGCAACAGAUUGUUCUUCCUCCUCUCUCAGACCAGACACAAGGGGCUCAGAUGAUUUUCAGCGCUGCCAAGGACCUCGGCCAGCUCUCCAAACUCAAGGAGCAUGUGACCCGGGAGGAAGCUCGCAGUCUGAGCCCUCGACAAUGUGCCGCCAUGGAUUUAGUGCUUCCCACCAUCAAGCAAUAUUUCCAUGCGGGCGGAAACGGUCUGAAGAAAACCUUCCUGGAGAAGAGCCCCGAUCUCAAGUCCUUGAAAUACGCCCUCAGCCUUUACACUCAACCCACAGAUGCCUUGAUCAAGAAAUAUAUAUGCACCCAAACCUCUCAAGGUCAGUCCACGUCAGGAUCCAUCGGGGAGGUCGCCAUCCAGGUGGACCUGAUCUCACACCCCGGCACUGGAGAGCACAAAGUCAGCGUCAAAGUUGUGGGUGUGAACAAUAUCAACUGGCAGACGAACGCAAUGUUUCGGCCCUUCGUGGAGGUCAACGCCAUCGGCCCGCACCUGGCUGACAAGAAACGCAAGUUUAGCACCAAAACCAAGAACAACAACUGGUCUCCAAAAUUCAACGAAACAUUCCAGUACGUGCUGAGUAAUGAACACGGCCCAGAGGCCUACGAGCUUCACAUCUCCGUGAAGGACUACUGCUUCGCCCGAGAGGACCGGAUCAUCGGCAUGACGGUCCUGCAGCUCAGAGAACUGACCGAGAAGGGCAGCUUGAACGCCUGCUAUCCGCUCGCCAGGAGCGUAACCAUGGACGAAACCGGCCUGACCAUCUUGAGAAUACUCUCGCAAAGGACCAACGACGAAGUGGCCAAAGAGUUCGUACGUCUCAAAUCAGACACGCGGUCGGCCGAGGAAGUGUCGUAGAGAAGAGCGGUCGUGUUUGUUUUCGUGCAUGUGUGUAAAACAUCUGUUGGAAUGUUCAUUUUAAACUACAAGUACGUACAGAAGUGUUUACCUACCGUAUGCUCUCUAUCAAAUAUUAUAUUCUGCGAAGUUAUGUUCAAGAGACAGUUUUGUAUGACGAUUAGUCUUUUUGAACAGAUCUCGUAUUUGUUCAGAUAAAGUGCCAAACCUGAUGAGUUCAAAAAAACAAAAAACAAAAAAAAAACUAUAGACUAAAUACAAAUGCAUAUGAAUUAUUGGUGAAGUUGGUAUCUUUCUAAAUUUGCUCGAUUAUUUUGUCUGGUGUAUAUCAUCCCUUUUUAAGUGUGUAGCCGUUUUGUUCGUCUUCAUUCCUGCACCGUUUUUGUUCGUUCGUUCGCGUUUUUAACACACGGCACUGGUGGUGCAUGUCUCGUUUUCUUGGUAACGUCUCUCUCCCAUGUGUUCGCAGUGACUGUGGGCAUCGGCUCGGACCUGCUCCACUCCAACGUUUUGUAUACAAGUCCACUUUAAAAAUAGACCAUUUUUUAAAAUGGCGUUGACUGCUACAAAUCUCUUCAUAAGUGUUUGUAAUUUUAUAGUCGUUGACAACAAUGAAAACCACCUUGAGUGCUGCCGGUCCAGGCAGGAGGGGUGGGAUGUUCUUUUCGUUUGUUUUUCGUAGGUUUAGUUGCUUUACGUUUCCUUUUUUACCAUAGGCUUUCAGCCUUUCUGAAUUAUCACUGUGAACAUGGGCUGUGAAAGGCAAGCUUACAUCACAUUUGUUGAUUGUUUGAUAUCAUCUUUUUAUUUUUUCAAACAAGUUUGAUUCUAAAAAAAAAAAGAAAAACUGCCAAAGUUUUAUGAAAAUGUUCUUACAAAAGCAAUCCAUGAUCUGUAUGGAAAUCAGUAUAUGCUAUGUACACGUGCUACAUACUGUACAUUAUGUUUCUAGUAUUGCUGAAUCAGUUUUGAUUGUCGAUGGGCCGGUUUUGACUUUAUUUUGAGAUGAUUUCUGUGGAGUUGUUUUAUCUGGUACGAGCGUGGUAAAUGUUGCUUUACAGAAGAGUCACAUCGAUCGCCGUCAUCUCAUUUAUUUUUGUUUACAGAGGAAAAAGUUUAACAUUUGGUAUUUAUGCAACAUUCCUAUGUAUUGCACUGAUGGCAAAUUGUAUGUCAUGUAAAUAUAUUUAGUGAGAAAUUGUAA